GGCAGCAGCAUUCCAGUAAAUAAAAUUGACGCAUUCCAAGGCGACUCUGAGACUGCUCUGUCCUGCUUUGGCUCUCUCUCAACGCCGAACAAUCCAUCAUGGCGCCACCGUCAAAGCUUGUCGUUGCGACGUCAUCGGUUCUGCGAUUGGUGAAGGAGGAAGCAAGCUACCAUAAAGAGCUGGAACAGCAGGAGGCCCGCAUCAAGAAACUCGAGUCUAGCACUGGCGAUGAGAAUGCAGAGUAUCAAAUGAAGCAAGAGCGGCAAGCACUUGAAGAGACCAAAGCCGUCCUCCCAACUGUUCGCGCAAAGAUUACACAAGCGCUCCAGCAGCUCGAAGAGCAGAUUGAGAGCAACAAGGAAGCUGGCGGUGAGGCAUCGACUGACGACGUCGUCAAGGCGAAGGAUGCUGUGGCGGAAGGGAAGAAAGCAUUGAGGGAGAUCUCAUAGACUGUCUUUGUCGAAUAUUCACAUCCACUUUGGAACAUUAGUAUGGCAGAUUUGAUCAGUUACAACUCUUGCUAGAGGCCAGAACGCCAGCAGGAUGCAAAACCCUGUAUUAAAAUACUUCUCUCAUAUUGUGCGUCAGGUGGUAUGAUAUAGGACUAGAAAACUUCGCC